AUGACACACUAUAUUGGAUUAUCCUACUACGAAUGCAAAAGAAUACAUUAUACCAAAUAUUUCUACAAAUCAUUAAAAGUGUUAUUUUUUGGUUAUACUUCUUGUACUUUUGUUUUAUUGUUAAUAUUUAAUAUAAAUAUGGCGCAAGGGCAGGAAAAUAUACCAAUUGCAGAAUUUAUGGAUAUAGCUGAAAAUAUACCUGAAUUAAAUUUUUCAAUUAUGCGCGAAAGAUUAUUUACAUCAAUGUUGAAUAAAUUAUCAAGUCUAUAUCUAACAAAUGUAUCUAAAAAGAAUCGCAAAUUUAUAGAAUUUUCAAUACUUUAUCUUUUUAUAAGUGGAUGUUUAUUUUUGGGUUAUUUACACUAUAUUUUACAUAAUAUUCCUGGUCCUUGUUUAAAGGAAAUAGGAAAUGAAUGGCCAAAAGAUGGAAUUUUAAGAAUAGAAGUAAUUAAAAAUUUGAAACAUGUUCUUAAGAUGGAGAAACUUUUUAUAUACAAUCGUACUACUGAAGUAACAUAUUUUGAAUUAAAAAAUGUUUUCUUAAAUGGACCAUCAGCAUUACCACCUCAAUUAAGGUAUAAUGAAAUAGAUGAUGUAAAUGAAGUAUCACAAAAUAAUGACUAUUGGUUUCAAAAUUUAAGAGAUUUUAUUUUUAAAGUAUUAGUUGGAAUAGAAGAACCAUAUUAUAAUUCUGUUAAUGAUUUACUAACACAUUACAACACUAAACCGGAUGAAAGAUUUUUUCAUGGUGGUCCAGAUAAUGAUGAAAUAUAUUAUCAUACAUUUGAUCCUGAUUUUAUUCCAUACAUGAGAGAUAAUUUUAUAAGUAUUGUAGAAUUUUCUUAUUAUCAUGGAUUGUUAAGAUUACAUCCAACAAUUCGUCAUAAAUACAAUAUUCCUGUUUAUACAUUAAGAUUAGAUUCACAAAAUAGUUCAUGUUUUGAACAUAUUGAUAAAACUCAGAUAAUGGUUAAUUUUAUUGGUUAUGAAGAGUCACUUAUUGUAUCAUUAAAACAUAUGGCCGGUACAGAAACAGAACGAGGAUAUUUUAGAGAUAUUUUAAGUGGGGAAUAUUUUAGAUUUGUCUAUUUUAAUCAUCCAAAAAGAAAUAUACUUAUUGCCGUUGGAUCAAUGAUUUUAUUUACGUUAUUAAUUUCACUUUUACUUAGAUAUUCACAUCAACAAAUAUUUGUUUUUAUAAUGAGUCUUUUAAGAAUGUUUGAAUUAAAUAUAGCCAUAAAUUCUCCAGUAGCUCCAUUGAUAACAGUUAUUUUAGCAUUAGUUGGAAUGGAGGCAAUAAUGAGUGAAGUUUUUCAUAAUACUUCAACGGCUUUUUAUGUUAUUAUGAUUGUUUGGGCUGGUGAUCAAUUUGAUGCAAUUGUUUGCCGUCAUACAUUAUCAAAAAAAUAUUGGUUAAGAUACUUUUUUUUAACACAUUGUACUUUUUAUGUUUAUCAGUAUGGUUCAAAUGGAUAUUUCCCAAAUUUAGCAUUAUUUAUUUCAACAGUUUUUAUAUUGUAUACAAUGAUUAAAAUAUAUCAUGAUUUGGAACUUAGUUGUUUUAUAAUGGAAAAUUUGUUAGAUGAAUCUAUGGAUAGGAAUAUUCAAAAUCAAAAUACAACAAGUAAAGGAAUGUAUUAUUUUGGAAAAGAUAAACAAAAUAAAUGGUACAUAGGACAUUUAAAAAUAAAUUCAUCAAUGUUAAAAUUUUAUGAAGAAGGUCAAAUAAAUAUUGAAAAAGCAUACAAGGGAGAUUUCCAUAUUUUACCUAAUACCUGUUUUCCUGAAAAAAAAGAUUUGGCAUUAUGUGUUAUUAUUCCUGAAGAAAUUGUAGUAGAAUAUUUUAAUAAUCAAAUAGAACCAGGAUUUUUUAACUACAAUUUUCCAUUUGUCAAUUUUUCUAACCUUACAAAUUCAAGAAAUUUAGAUGAAGUAUCAAUAGAACAUCGAUUUGAAGCAUCUGUUUCACAGUCAAAUAUUUUAUAUAAUAAUAUAAAAGAAAAAAAUGUAUCUGAUAGUGAAAUUUGUCACUUUGUACCAUAUUUUUAUUAUGAUAAUGUGGAAGAAAAUAUGUCAACAUUAGCAUCUAAUGAUGAGAAAUUUAAUUUGACAUAUAUUAAUAGUCGCAAUGAAGAAUUUUUACAUUGUGAUAACGAUGAUGAGGAAAAUGAUGAUAUAAGAGAUAUGCUUAAAAAAUGUGACAGUCUUCACUUUUUUAAAGAUAUACGAGGUACAUUAAUUGAAAAUGAAAGUUCUACAUCAGAUGAUAGGAGAGUAUCAGUGUCAAAUUCACUUCUAAGGUUACCAAAUUUAGUUGCUAUUCAACAUUUUAAAAAUAUUAUAUCAAAUGCUAUACAACGUGAUAAUGUAUAA